UAUUCCCCAAGCGGGUUCAUUUCGCUCAGAGGAGAGAGAGAGAGAGAGCGAGCGUCGUCCUUCAUUUGGCUCUCUCUCUCUCGAUCAGAGCCCCUGCCCUUCUUCUCCCUUCUUCUCUCGCGAUCAGAUCCCGUCUGGGCAGCUCGGGCAGAACGGGCAGCAGCAUGAACGAGAAGGCCUCCGUUUCCAGGGAGCUGAACGCCAAGCACAAAAAGAUCCUAGACGGGCUUCUUAAAUUGCCGGAGAAUAGAGAAUGUGCUGAUUGCAAGUGCAAAGGUCCUCGAUGGGCAAGUGUAAACCUUGGGAUUUUCAUAUGCAUGCAGUGUUCUGGAAUUCACAGAAGUCUUGGAGUCCACAUCUCAAAGGUGCGAUCUGCCACUUUAGAUACAUGGCUUCCAGAGCAGGUUGCUUUCAUUCAAACAAUGGGUAAUGAAAAGGCAAACAGCUAUUGGGAAGCAGAAUUACCACCAAACUAUGAUAGAGUUGGGAUUGAAAACUUUAUUCGUGCAAAGUAUGAAGAGAAAAGGUGGAUUCCUAGGAAUGGAACUCCAAAGACACAUUCAAAGGUACAUGAAGUGGAAAGGGCAUCUGAGUUUAGGCAGAGACCACGAGAUACAAGUACAUCUGAAUCAGUGAAUGGUUCAGAACGUACAUCUGUUGAGAGGAAGACUGUUCCUGUACAGCGGACUGUAAAGAAUCAUAAACCAGUUGUUCUUAAAUCCCCAGAUCAGAGUACCUCAGAUGUAAAAGCGGAACCGGCCCUUGCGCAUCAGAGUCAGCAACAAAAGGAUCCACCAAAAGCAGCCACUCCACCAGAUACCACACCUAAGAAGGUUGAUCUGGCAACUGAUCUGUUCAAUAUGCUGACAGUGGAGGAUCCUGUUGCAAACGGUGUGGAAGCAUCAAUGGAUGAUAAUUCUUGGGCAGGAUUCCAGUCGGCUGCUGAACCAAUGCCAGCAACUGAAACAAGUAAACUGACAACCGCAAAUGAAAGUAAACCACAAUCUUUAUCUGGACUUGAGGACCUGUUCAAAGACUCACCACAAAUUACAGCUACGACUACCCCUUUAGCACCAGAAAAGAGCCAAAAGGAUGUAAAGAAUGAUAUCAUGAGCCUCUUUGAAAAGUCCAACAUGGUGUCACCAUUUUCAGCCCAUCAGCAGCAACUGGCAUUCCUGGCCCACCAACAAUCAUUGCUUAUGGCUGCAGCAGCAAAAUCUAGUGGGGGAGCCCAGCAACCUGGACCUAAUGAUGCUAAUGCAUCUGGUGGGAAUUCCACUGUCCAAGGCUGGUCCAACAUGAAUUUUCAAGUUGGUGGAACGAGCAUGCCAAUGACGGCCCCACAACAAACACAGCUUAGUCAGGCAGGAAAUUACAAAACCACAAAUCUGUCUGACCAUCCAAACUCUUCUUAUCUCCCCAGUUUCUAUAACGUAGGUACAAAACCUCCGGUCUACAAUGGAGCAGUAGCAGGUGUCGCUGGGAAAACUUCAUCGGGGCAUGGCACUUCUGGUGUGUCUACCAAGUCUGGCAAUGACUUUGAUUUCUCUUCACUUACACAGGGCAUGUUUACAAAACGAUAGGAGAACAAAUUUUAGGGUGGCAGUGUAGGGAUUACAAUUUCAGUAAUGGUGGUUGCAAUGCUAUUUUCUCCCAUUCUUGCUCUGCUGAGUCCUGGCAUUUGGGCAGUUCAGUUUUUUGAUGCCUUGAAAUGCGUCAGUGGAUGUGCUUGGAAUAAUAAAAGGAGUUGGCUGUGAUUUGCAUACUUAUAUGGAAUGCCGUUGUGUUAGGGGUCAGAAUCAGGUGAUCGUCUAAACAAAAGGGUUGGCUGUAUAAUAUUAGAGCCCAUAAACGGAGGACAUUGGUUUGUAAAAUUUGCUCUUUUAUAGUUGACGAACCAUUUAUUCA